CAAGUCUCCCGGGCGUGCGUCGAGCUCCACCGAAUCAGUUGUAAAAGUCCAUCCAAACUCGAAGGUUCUCCACCUGUCACCAAAAAAAAAAUCUAAAUCAAAAUGACUGUCCCAUCCGGUGAUGUUGAGAAGGGCAAGAAGAUCUUCGUCCAGAGGUGCGCCCAGUGCCACACCGUGGAAGCCGGCGGCAAGCACAAGACCGGCCCCAACCUGAGCGGCAUCUUCGGCAGGAAGACCGGACAAGCCUCCGGCUUCGUCUACACCGACGCCAACAAAGCCAAAGGAAUCACAUGGACGAAGGACACUCUGUUCGAGUACCUCGAGAACCCGAAGAAGUACAUCCCCGGCACCAAGAUGGUGUUCGCCGGUUUGAAGAAGCCCCAGGAGCGUGGAGAUCUCAUCGCCUACUUGGAAUCCGCUACCAAGUAAACGGUGCAUCUCGUACGUGACGCUUCGUCUCUCUUCUCAUCCCUCAAAAAGAGAGCAACAAAACAACAACAUCAACAACAAAAACUAGUUCAAAUUUCAUCGCUUUCAAAGACACUCAUUGAAAGGAACAACGAUGAAGAUCCGUUGAAAUAUAAGUAGUAUUUUGCACCUGACAAAGGGUGCUUAGGACAAAAUACCGUUAACCAUAUAUAGGCCAAUUAUUAAAUUAUUUUACCAUGAACAACAAAAGUGAUUGAAAAAAAAA